AUGGAUGGCGUUCAAAAUGCUGAACAUGUAGCGUCGCGGUCUGCUGGUGGAAGAAUUGUCGUCAUCUUAACAAGCCUCCGAAAGAAUAUAUGGAGUUUUAUAGUUUUCUACUUGAUCUUCAGCUUCACUCAUGGCAUACAUGGAAGUUAUACGGCGUCCAUUCUGGCGACACUGGAAAAAAAUUUUAACCUGCCAAGUUCACUGAGCAGCAUUGUCGUAACUAUAGCCUGUCUUGGUUACAUGAGCAGCGCCAUUUCCGUAUCGUUUUUUAUAACACCCAACUAUCACGUUCGUUUAUUUGCAAUUUGCAUGCUAGUAACUGGAUGCUGUGGUUUUCUAUACUCACUGACUCAUUUUAUUUUUAAAGAAAAUGUAAACUACGAUGCAAUUGGCAUGAUUCAAAAUAUUGAACGUAAUGUUUCGAUUCAUAAAACCGUUCUAUGCAACGUAUCACUGAACCCUGAUGAAGGUGUUACAAGUAUUUGUGAAGUUGAUAGCAAAAAUAAAAUGGAUGUCAGUCCGAACUACGUGGCUCUCGUGAUGUUCAUCGUGGCUGAAGUGUUUCAUGGCGCAGCUGGAGCAUGCUUGUGGACCGUUGGAUUUUCUUUCAUCGAUGACAACCUGCCUGUCAACACUGCUUCCAAGAUAAUGGGUUGA